AUGGCCUUAAAGGAUACCUUAGUCAAAGCAAUUAGCGAAAUUAGGGGUGAAAUGGCGGCUAAUUUCCAAGAAGUAGCAAAUUUGCGGCAAGAAUUAACCUUGGCUCGCACUGAAUUAAAAAGAGCCGAACAUGACAUUUCUGAUAUUAGAAAUUCUAUUAGUUUAAAUACCCAAACGAGCAAUACUAAUUCCAGUAAAUUUAGCCAUGAAAUAGCUGAUUUACAGAGUCAAAUAAAUGGUAUUGUUGGUCGGAUAAAUAAUAUUGGAAGUAGUAGCAGUAGUGGAAAUGAGAACCAAGCCGCACAAAAAUAUAAGAAUUUAAGUCAAACAAUUAGCCAAUUUACUAAGCGAUUAAAUGAUUACAUCAAAGAGGGAGGUAAUGAUGCCGAUAAAAUUAGAAAUAUUAUUAACAGUUUUAUUGAAAAUGUUAAUGAUGUUUAA